AUGGCCAACAUUGGCUCUUCAAAAGCGUGGGGUAUUGGUUCGAUCCCACAUAGAGUGAUGGCCAACAUUGGCUCUUCAAAGCGUGGGCAUGGUGUUGAUUCAAGAUUGAUUAAGCAACCAGAUGGCCUUCCAACGAGUUUUGUUAGAGAUACAUGGUUUAAACGAAUAUUUGCAAAGUUUGGGCGUGGCUCAUCUGAUUCCUCCCAUAACCGAAACCAGUCAAGUAGAUAUGAUGAAGAAAACACAAUGCAUGACAAAAGCGGCAAAAGCAGAGAUCAUAAAGGGUACAAAAGAAAUAAGGAAAAGUCGGAUGAGAUGCCGUCAAGCUCCACUGCAAAUAGUGUAAAUCCCUCCGGUUCAGGUUAUGGCACCAAAGUGGCCACACCUAUUGCUGUCCCUGCUCUUCAAGUGGACGAGUUAAAGGAAAUUACUGCUAACUUUGGUUCAGCAUCAUUAAUUAGUGAGGGAACGUAUGGAAGAACAUACUACGGUGUUCUUAAAAGUGGGCAGGCUGCAGCUAUUAAAAAAUUAGAUUCUACAAAGAAAGCAGACAAAAACUUUGUAGCUCAGGUUUCUAUGAUAUCACGGCUUAAACAUGAUAAUCUUGUAGAGCUACUUGGAUAUUGUGUAGAUGGGGAUUGGAGUGUACUUGCUUAUGAAUUUGCUUCACUUGGAUCUCUACAUGAUGUUCUUCAUGGAAGGAAAGGUGUUAAAGGUGCACAACCAGGUCCAGUUCUAUCAUGGUCCCAAAGAGUUAAAAUUGUUGUUGGGGCUGCAAGAGGACUUGAAUACUUACAUGAAAAGACACAACCUCCAAUUAUUCAUCGUGAUAUGAGAUCAAGUAAUGUUCUGCUUUUUGAGGACUAUGUGGCUAAGAUUGCAGAUAUUACUUUAACAAGCCUAACCACAAGCAUGGAAGCACGGGUUCAUUCUAGCCGUGUUCUUGAUACCAUUGGCUAUCAUGCACCUGAAUAUGCCAUGACUGGACAGAUGAGUUCACAGAGCGAUGUUUACAGCUUUGGAGUUGUUGUUCUUGAACUUUUGACUGGCCGAAAGCCUGUGGACCAUACUUUGCCACGUCGUCAACAGAAUUUAGUCACCUGGGCAACACCAAGACUCGGUGAAGAUAAUCUGGAGCAGUUGGUUGAUGCAAGACUGAAUGGAGAAUACCCACCAAAGGAGGUUGCCAGGAUGGCAGCAGUUGCGGCGUUGUGUUUGCAAUAUGAUGCUGAGGUUAGGCCAAAGAUGAGCAUUGUUGUUGAAGCACUGCAGGGAUUGUGGAAUGCUCAUGCUUAA